AUGCCAGCUCCUCGUUCGGAGGUGGUGCCAGAAACCCCUUUGCAGAAAGCUGCAAAGUUGGUCGAGAAGGUCCUGAAGGAUGCCAACAAUUGCCGGGACCAUGCCUUCAAGCUGAGACCCAUUGCGAUGAGCAGUGAUUUGAUUCUUCAGUUGAAGGCUUGCGCUGUCAAGCUUCAAGAGGCAGCAGAAAAGUUGCAGGCACGGGUCAAGCAGCAGAAGAACAAGAACAAGCAUUACGCGGUGAAUGAAACCAGAUCUACUGCAGCUGAACGAAUCAGCUUGGCGAAGGCACUGAUCCGGGCAGUUGAUAAGCCCAAGCCCAAAGCGAGGGCUUCCAAGGAGCCAAAGGAGCCCAAUGCGUCAAAGGAAGCCACUGGUGCAGAACAAGGUCUCCUCGGCGACUUGCAAAGGUGGUGUAAGGUGGUAUGCUUUAUCCAACCAUCAUCCGUGGAAAUUCCGUUGCUUGUGACCACCAGCGACGGGGACGGACUGGAAAUGAUGAAGGACACUGCCAUCAUUUGGCCAUGGGAUUUCUUUGCAUAUCUUUGGAAAAAUGGUAAGUUUCUGCAAUGGAUUGCGGAUGACCCAAACCAAGCUGCCGAUAGAAACAUUGAGUGUUGGAACCAUUGCGAGGGCUUAGAGUUUUUUGACCAAUUGCAACUCAGCCCUGACCAGUAUGGGUCCUGUGUCCCUGUGUUCUUCCACACCGAUGGGGUGAAGAUCUACAAGAAUCAAAAAGCUUGGGUAUAUUCCAUGAGUUCUGCAUGUCGAAAAGGGCCUUCAAUGUCGACCAAAAUGGUUUUCAUUCUUGUGCGCGAUGCAAUGGUUGUCAAAUCCAAGACCCAUGAUGCUAUCGGAAGAUUGGCUGGCUAUAUCAUGGAUACUUUGAUGACUGGUCGGUUUCCCACUAGGGAUUCUGAGGGGAACCCAUUUCCACCUGGCACCCAAAGUGCUGAGCGGGCCGGACAAUACUUCGCUGGCGGCUAUUGCAUGGCCUUUGCAGGUUUCAAAGGCGAUUGGGAGGCAAGAGUGAUCGUCCACAAACUCAAAAGGUCUUACAGGUCCACCUUUAUCUGUGAGCAUUGCAUGGCAUCUUACAAAGAGGAUUUUACCUUUGCUGACUUUCGCCCUACCGCACGAUCACAAGCCAUCCGGUUCUCUCACAAUGAAUUUUUGAUGCUGAACCCCAUGGAUGAUCAGAGUGCAUGGACAUCAGUAAAGGGAUGGACCAAAGACAGAAAUUUGGAAGAAACUGUGUCCAGGUUUCAGCCGGUUUUGUUUCCCACCCACAAUCAACUUUGCCUCAUUGAGUCGUUGGUGGUCUUCUCAUUCAAGCACCCCGAAUGCAAAGUCCACCUGAGCAAAGUUGGUAGUAUUCCAAAGUAG